AAAUUGAAAGGCCCAUAUGCAAUAUGUAUAGAUCCAGCCCAUAUUCAAGCCCACUGUCAAUCUCGCUUGCACACGACACGCGACGACCGCAGCGCCGCCGGAGGUGGGAAGAAGGCGGCGCCGGCGCCGGCGCCGGCGAGGAAUUCAAGGGAGACUAAGCCAUGGUGGUCCGGAUCCGGCUGGCGCGGUUCGGGUGCCGGAACCGGCCUUUCUACCGCGUGAUGGCCGCCGACAGCCGCUCCCCGCGCGACGGCAAGCACCUCGAGGUCCUCGGCUACUACAACCCGCUCCCAGGGCAGGAUGGUGGCAAGAGGAUGGGUCUGAAAUUCGACCGGGUGAAGUAUUGGCUCUCAGUUGGGGCACAACCAUCUGAUCCUGUUCAGCGUAUUCUGUUUCGGGCUGGACUUCUUCCUCCACCUCCAAUGCUAGCCAUGGCACGUAAGGGUGGGCCCCGUGAUAGGCGCCCCAUCCAUCCAAUGACCGGGAAACCCUUGGAUCUUGAGGGCGUCACAAUAGUUGAUGACUCCAAUGCUCCUGGAGGCGAUGCUGAAGAACCUAAAGAUGAGGUGACGUCAUAAGUCUUUUGCUUUAGCAUGUGAAAAUGAUGCUAGAUUUUGUAUCUUAGCAUAUGCAGUGAUGCUGCAAGAGAAAACAAACAUGUUUGUUGUUGCUCUGACAAACCUGAGUACUCUAUGAUGUGGCAAACUUUUGGACAUGUAUUGUUUCAUCCAUUUUGUUCUACAAAAUGACAGUAUUGUUGUUUUCCUCCUAAAUAGAAUGCCGUUCUGUGCAUCCUUA